AUGACCACGAGCUGCGCCUAUUCCAGGUCCAUGUUCCUGCAGCGACUCCAGUUCUGGGGUAAGGCUGGGCUGAGCGGCCCGCGGGACGUGGAAGCCGAGAGAGUCGGCAUUGAUGAGGGUCGCAUGGGCCGCGCCGGGCUCUGGGCUCUUGGAGGCUUUUAUGAAUAUGAAUGUCUAUCUGUUCAAGAGGACACCCCCAGACGGAGGCGGCGCCGAACGCCCCUGUCGCCGGUGGGCGGAGGUCUGCCCUCGGUGGCGGCCGCCGAGCCCCUCAAGACGCCCGAGGUGGUGCGACAUGUGGUGUCGCGCCUCACGCCCCCGCCCAGCCCUCCCGCCUCCGGCCAGCCCCUCUCUAGCCAGCCCUCUCCGCCCGCGGCCCGCAGGCACCCCUCGCCGCAGCCGCCCCCGGCCCCUCCCCCCAACACCUUCCAGCCCAUCCAGCCCGCCCAGCCAGCCCCAGGCAGCCCUCAGGGAACGCAGUCCGCGCCCUCCACCCUCGACUCCCGCCACGGCCGCCACGCCCACCAGCAGGUUCUCUUCGGCACGAACGCGGCCAGCGACGCCUCGAGCGCGCGCCGGGUGAGUGCUUCCUCGGAGAACGAAGAGGGUCUGAGCACACGGAAGGUUCCUCCCAAGCUAGCGCCCCUGAGGAAACCUGAUAUUCCCGACGUCCUUCGCCCCAAAGACAACACGUCCUUAGCGUCCCCCGGCGUGGUCAGCACCCCGCCAACGUCCCGCCCGUCCUCCGUAGUGCUGGACAAGCCGCCCCUCGCCCCUGAGGGACUCCGACCCGCAGCCCUUCGCUCGUCCCUUAGGAAGCCAUCUGACACCGGCACCUGCUUCCUCGCAGCGCGAAGGGAGAAGCGGGACGAAUCCACAAACGGCGCCGCGACCGGGGCCAAGAACGACUUCUUCCGGGAGCAGCAGAAGCCCAAGAAGGGCGACCGCCUCUCCAAGUCCGACAUGAACCUCAAGAUCGACAGCAACAGUGGGGGGAGAUCGGGUGACAUCUCUACUCCUACGGGUACAUCCGACGCUGAGGGUGGCGAAGCCUCGUCGCCGCCCCUGGCAUCCCCCUCUCUGCCAAACGCGGAGGUGAUGAGUUCGAGGCUGGAGGCCCUCACGGCACGUGCCAGGGAUGCCAUGGAUCGAGCGGAUCGCCUGUCAGAGGACACAGCCGUCACCCCCGAGAGUGCUGAUACGAUGGUUCACGAGUGCGAGCAGUACCUGACCACCGUGACAUCCUCGGGCAGGAGGGAGUCCCCGGGCACUUCGCGUCGUCGAGACCUGGGCGCCGCAGGCAUGGAAGCAGCUAGCGAAAGGUCUCAGCCUUCGCCAGCUGCCGUCACGGGUGUUCUUUCUGACACUGGCCAGAAAAACUGGGUCGGGGGCUCUGAAGGGCGUGGUAAAGAAAGUAAGCGGAUGGCUAAUGAAAAGGAAGUGAAGAAGAAGGAGACAAAGAGAGAAAGCCAAGCGGCGUCAGGGGGCGAGAGAAUCCCUGGCGCCCCCGCUGGACCUUCAGGGCCCCCGGAUUAUGUUGCCUUCAUGGACGAAAGUGUCUCUCCGCCGCCAGAGGAAGUAGUACUUGGCCUCCAGCACCGUCAUCUCGAGGAUGAAGAGGACGAGGGAUCCGACACUUCUCCCCUGAGAAGCCCCGAGCACCGAGGCAGCGGCAGGUGCAUGCCGCGCCGCUGCUCCCUGGAUGGGGAUUCCCCACGCACAAACUCCCCGGACCCGCAGUCCAUCCUGAAGCGCCGGUCCUCCCGCGAAGAUGUGAUGCCGGAUCGCCCCACCACCCCAGAGCCGCAUGGCAUCCUCAAGCGUAAGACAUCCUCCCGCACUUCUAGUCUGGAUGCGCAGGAGGGUGAGCCUCGGCCCAUCCUCAAGAAAAAGAGCAGCGCCGAGGAGUUAGAACACUUCGAACCUCGUCCGAUCUUGAAGAAAAAAUCUUCGACCGACGAUGAGCUGGAUGACAGACCCAGAUCCAUCCUGAAGGGUGGUCGGAGCAGAGAGGACCUUGACCGCUCCGAGGGCGUCAUCUCACCCAAUCCUAUCCUUAAGAGGUCACCUAGAUAUGACAGCGAAGGCGAAGGGGAGUUGCGCCCAAUCCUCAAGCGUCGUGACACCACAGACGGCGUUCGUCUGCGCCUUCAUGUGUCAGAUGGAGAAGAUGUAGAGAGUGACCUGCCUAGUGUCAGGGUUAGAAGUGAUUCUGCCCCAGAGUCUGCAAUCAGGAUGAGGGGGCGCUCUCCCCCCGCGCCCAGCGCUACACCUGCGCAUGGCAUUUUAAAGAAGCGCGGCGCACACUCACCUGCACGCUUCGACCAAAUGGACAGCGAACUGGGCGCAAUCCUGAGAUCUCGACGGUCCCUAGGCCCAGGGGACGCUGAGGCGGAGUCCCCCAGCAGUACCCCUAACCGGCCUGUGAGUCCUUCCCUUGUGGCUCUCACCAAAAGGGAAGAGGCUUCAGUGGCCCGGUCAGGGGAGCGACCUCUGAGUGUGGCUGAACGUGUGGCGGGCAUGGAGGCCGCUCGGCAGGAACCAGUUCGACCUCCUGCUCCGAGAUCCCCUACGCCCACUCGCAGUCCAGGGGCACGACCCAAGGUCACGUCUGCCUUCCUAAAUAACAUCAGGACACCGGAGACUGAAAGAGAGAGCAGGCGAAACGGAGCCUACAGCUUGGUGGCAGAACCUGCAUUGACAGGGGAGAGUGCCGAGGCCAUCAACGAAGCAUUUUUGGACCGUCCAGUGGUAGAGGCCUUCAACAGUGCCAUGACCUCCAGCCUUGACUCCACGCCCGACACCCCGUCCUCUGUUUCACAGAGAGCUGCAUUCUUUGCACAGAACAAGAGUGAAAAGGACUUUGACACUGAUCUUGGUUCACAUAGUGCAGCAGUUGGAUUCACAGCAGGUAUUCAGGAAUCAAAGCUUGGUGAGAGUAACAGACUUUGUAUCUGUGAUGUAGUAGAAAUCUGGUGCCAGUAA